AUGACUCAAUAUAGUCCGAUUAAAUUAUUUGUUAAAAUAUGUGAUAUUAGAGGAGCUUGUAAUAUAAUUUAUGGAGACCCAUUAUCUAUUGACUAUACUACAAUAACUGAUACGGAAUUCAACAUUCAAAAAGAAAUUGUGAAAUCGGCAUUUAUAAGAACAGAUUACGAGACUGCACAUAAUCUCAUAUUUAUGGCAGCACUUACAUAUAAGAAUGCUGAUCAGAAAAGAUAUAAUGAAUGGCGAGACUAUAUAAAAGAUAUUAUGCAUAAAGAAAUAAAUAAAUUGGUGGAACACCCAACUACACAAUUUUAUAUCUCCCAUAAUGAAAUUAUACAAUUUGUCUCAAGAGCCAAAAAUAAUUUGGAAUUACUUGAUUUAAAUGAUCCAUCGACUUUAGAAAAACUUCUGGAAGUUCUAGAUCAAAUAACUACAGUGAGUGCAAAUAAUGAUAUAGCAAGUCAAACCGAUGCGCAGGGAAAAAAUUUAGAAAUGUUGGAUAGAUAUAGGAGUUACUCCGGUGACCGAUACACAAAUAAUAAAGUAAAAACAAUCUCUGUGGAUUUGGCUUAUGUUGAAAUGAACUUGCAACUUAUACAAGAUAUACUCAAAUCAAGAAGUAGUAAUGGCUCUACGGAUAACAUAAAAGUUACCGAGAGAGUAAAUGCAUUGGUAGAGAAAAUGUGCUACAGUGAGCUAAUUCUUAAUGAGAACAUUAAAACAAAUUUUGCUAGUAUAAGCAUUUCUAAAAUGACAGGGAAUUAUCUAUUAAAAAAGGAAUUUUCCAUUUCUGCUAUUCAUACCAAAGAGGAAGGCUCAUUUAAGAUACGUCAAGCAAAUUUAAUAUCUGAAACAACUCCAUAUUGUGUGUCGAUAGUGCAAUAUACUGAAGAUUUUUUUACUAAUCAAAAUAACUACGUUAUUAACCUCGCCGUCUUUGACUUAAAAAUCCUAACGUCUGUAUUAGAUUGGAAAGCCAAUGAAGCACAUCAGGACCCGCAUACUCAUAGUUUACAAAUAAAAUUAGCGAAAUCUAAAUCAGAUGAAAAUAUUUGCCUCUCUAGAAGGAAUAGGAAUAGUGCUUGGGUAACAGACAAUUGCAAGGUUAAGGCUGUUAGUAUUCUACAUGUGUUCUGUAGUUGCUUCUACUUAGGAUACUUCAGACUCUCUGCUAUAAAAAACAAUCAUGACAAUGGAAUUAGCUAUCGUCCGAGUCCAACUAAGAAUAUUAUUAGUUUCCCUAAUGAUAAUCACAUCACACCGAACAUAUUUUUAUCAUCGACCAGUGAAGCAACCACGCCAGCUCUCUUUACUAUGGCGGCAGUACCUUCACAAAAUAUUAGUAAUAUAGCUACCACAAUGUAUGUAACUCGACAAGAACUUCGAACUACAACACCAGCAAAUCAUAAAAUUGAUGCGGACAUAGAGAAAGGAUAUAUAAAAACUGCUAAACCAAAUGAAUCGGUUAAAAAGGCUUCGCCUUUAAUUUACGCUAUACCAGUUGCAUUGCUUCUGAUUAUUGCAAUAGUCUUUGUCUUCCUGAUGAUUUUGUACCGUCGUCGACCUAAGAAAUCAAAUGCAUCCACAAUUCCUGGACUAAAUAUUCAAUUGGAAAGCAGACAACGCCAAGCUGGAAUCAAAUAUGCAACGAUCUAUGAUCAACAUUUAGUUCGUGGUAGCUUUUGAGAGUUUAGAU